AUGCAUACCCCCAAGGCGGCAUAUCAGUGGGUAGACAUGGAGGUGGCGAAAUCCGCCAUGACACCAUUGGUGGAUACCCUAUGGACUCCCAAGACGCUUCGCCCCAAAGGUGGAACCCUAUUCCCAACCACAUCACUCACCCUACAUCACUGGGAUGCACUAAGACACAGGCAAAAUUCCACCUAUAAAUUCCACCCUCGAGCACCACUGACGGCCCUACGAGCAAUCUCACCAUGGCUCUCCCUGCAAUCCUGGGUUAAGUUAGGUAUUAAACACCUAGAUCAAGUCAUGCAACAUAACCUCAUCAAACCUUUCCCAGACCUACAGCAUGAAUUUAAACUAACCAACUCAUCAAUAUUCCCAUACAUGCAGCUCAAGAGUGUCAUACCCACUCAUGUGGCACAAAUCGCUAUGAGUGCUAGCCGAGACACCAAAGUAGUAGAUACACUAUAUGACAGAAAAAAAAUAUAA